AUGUUAUCGUGUAGGCCUCUGCUCCUCAGCACACUGUGUGCCUUACUUCUCCAAACAUGUACUGCCGACAUAGCAUUUUCCUCACCCGCAGCAGGCGCAAAGAUAUCAGGGAGCACGAUAGACGUGGAAUUUGAGGAUGGCCCAGACAGCCCUCCACUAUCAGACUUCUCAACGUACCAACUUCAGUUAUGUGCUGGUGGUCAGACGGAGAAAGACUUUACCAUCCUCCUAACCUUCACCACAACAGGUGAUUUUGCAACAGAUGGCAACUCAUACAGCGCCAAAAUCACCAACCUCAACCUCGGCGCAAACACACAGAACGCCUACUUCCUCCGCACAAUCGGUGCAGCCCCUGGCGGCGUCGUAUACAACUACUCCCCCCGCUUCUCCCUCACCUCCAUGACAGGCACCUUCCCGGCCAACGUCCAAUCCGCCCUCUCCUCCAUCUCCGGUACAGAUGGCCCUCCCACCCUCAACCAAAUCACCAAUCCCGCCGCCGGAGCAGGAGCAGGAGCAGCAGCAGGCGCACCAGCAGGAAGCUACAGCAUUCCCUACACAAUGCAGACAGGUCCUGUCCGCUACGCUCCCAUGGCCAAAGUCGCGCCAAGUAAGAUUACGGCAAAGGGGAAUGCGAGACAAUACCCAACGAGUGAUUACAAUAUCUGGAGUAGAACGGGCAUGCCAGGACCGAACGCUUCGCAAACCGUUACUGACGUGUUUACCUUUGCAGUGAGUAGUAUGGAGCCCACGAUUGCGGCGGCGCCGCAGCCGAGUGAUGAUAUGCAGAAGUUUUUGAAUCGGUGGAAGGAUUGA